AUGCCAACCUUCCAGAACACCACAGCUUCUUCCAUCAUUUUCCUACUCACUGGUGUGCCUGGGCUGGAAGCUUUCCACACCUGGAUCUCCAUUCCCUUCUGCUUUCUCUAUGCAACUGCCCUGUCAGGGAACAGCCUGAUUCUCUUUGUCAUUAUCACCCAGCCCAGCCUCCACGAGCCCAUGUAUUACUUCCUCUCCAUGCUGUCCACCACUGACCUCGGGCUCUCCAUCUCCACUCUGGCCACCAUGCUGGGGAUAUUCUGGUUCAACGCCAGAGAGAUCAGCUUCAAUGCCUGCUUGUCACAGAUGUUCUUCAUUAAACUCUUCACUGUCAUGGAAUCCUCAGUGCUGCUGGCUAUGGCUUAUGAUCGUUAUGUGGCCAUCUCCAACCCUCUUCGGUAUGCCACUAUUUUAACUGAUUCCAGAAUAGCUCAAAUUGGGGUGACAAUUGUCAUCAGAGGGACUGUAAUGUUGACACCUAUGGUCGCACUUCUUAAGAGACUAACCUUCUGCAGCAGCCGUGUGCUCCACCACUCCUACUGUUUCCACCCCGAUGUCAUGAAGCUCUCAUGCACAGACACCAGGAUCAACAAUGCAGUUGGAUUGACUGCCAUGAUCUCUACUGUUGGUGUGGACUCGGUCCUUAUUCUCCUUUCCUACAUCCUGAUCAUCAGAACUGUCCUCAGCAUUGCUGCCCCAGAAGAGAGGAAAAAAGCCUUCAGCACGUGUAUCUCCCAUAUCGGGGCUGUAGCUAUAUUCUAUAUUCCAUUGAUCAGUUUGUCCUUUGUCCACAGAUUUGGGAAACGAGCUCCACCCUAUGUACAUACCAUGAUUGCUAAUACCUACCUGCUGAUCCCUCCUGUCAUGAACCCCAUCAUCUACAGUGUGAAGACCAAACAGAUACGUAAAGCUGUGAUAAAAGUUCUCCAAUAUAAAGAAAUAUAG